AUGAUGUCGGAAAGUAAAUUAAAUAAUGUAAUGAAAAUAGAUGAAUAUAACGCAAUUGUUAAUGACUUCAAUAAACUGACAUCAUACAGCCGAAAAUCUGAAAAUGAACUGAAGAAGAAAUAUAAACAUUUACCGCAAUCUACUUUGGGUAGCAUAAUAUCGUCCUUAGUUCAGAGAUCAAUGAAACACAGUUACAGAAAAUCUCCACAAAUAUCCAGUAAAUACCAUGAAUUCUAUGAAGGGCUAAUGCGGGACAAAAGUAAAGAAAAUGUUAUUUUACAGCUCUCAGACUGUCAAGGAAUAAGUCCUGCAUUGUUUGCAAGAUCUCUUUUACAAGGUGUAUAUUCUGACUCGUCGUUAGCCAAAAAAUGCAUCAAAGAUACAACUUUAAUAGAAGAGAAGGACUUGGCUUACCAAGUCUUUAUGGGAAUUAUGAAUGACAACCAAUAUGGACCCUAUGCAGACAUAAUAAAACAGUCAAUUGGAUUAGAAUAUGAACUGAGAUUGGAGAGGGAAUUAAGACUAAUGAACAUCACAUUUUCUGAUGAAAGUGUUUUGAGGUCUCGUGGAUAUGAUAAAACUCCGGAUUUUAAGCUGGAUGUACCCAUUGCUGUUGAUGGUUUCAUUGUGAACUGGGUGGAGAGUAAAGCACUGUUUGGAGAUGAAGAAAAUCACUCUGGGUAUUUAAAGGAACAGCUUACUUGCUACUGGAAUAGAUUUGGGCCAGGCCUAGUUAUAUACUGGUUUGGAUACUUAGAAACAUUGGAUUCAACACCAGAAGUUAAUAACAUGUUCAUAUUACGUACCAGUUUUCCCGAAAAAUCUAGUAUUACGCAAUAUAAAAUGGAUAUUUAA